AUGAACUCCGUUUUAUCUCGAUGGCUUCUUUUGUUAGGAAGUUUAGCAAUUUGUGCUCUCGGUGAAGAUGUGGUUAUCGUCACAGUCACUUCUACCGAAACAUCAAAGACUGUCUAUGAGACCCCUGUUAUCCCCAGUCCGGCAUCCUAUAUCUCGCUUCCUGAAUUCAAAAAGGUUGUUCUGCAAGUCAGCAAUGAGUAUCGAGGUGUCCAUGAAGCCGAUGAGAUCGUCUGGAAUGAGACGCUUGUCGAAUACGCUCGACAUUGGGCGGAGACUUGUCUUUGGAAACACUCUGUAGGUUUUUCCAAUACUGGACUGAACAUUGGACUAAUGUCUUUACAGGGUGGCCCGUAUGGAGAAAAUCUCGCAUUCGGAUACUCCAAUGCCUCAUCUGCGGUGGAAGCAUGGGGCGACGAGGGAAGGUUGUACGACUUCAAGAAACCAACCGGAUUUACCGAGGCGACGGGCCAUUUCACACAACUGGUGUGGAGGGCCACAGAAGAGGUCGGAUGUGCGGCUGUGAAUUGUGGAUAUACAGAGGACCUUCCCAAAGUGAGACGAGAUGGAGAGGUGCUAGUGUCAAGGGAUUCAGGUGGUAGCACAAGGGCGCAGGGCUGGUAUGUGGUGUGUGAAUACACGCCGGCGGGCAAUGUGGUUGGAGAUCACGAUUCAUACUUCAAGAAGAAUGUGUUGCCGAGCAAGUCAUCCAAGACAAGCUCAAAUUCAUCUGCGACUGAAUCAGCAUCUACGAAUCGCCCAAAUGGAAGUGCAAAUAGGCACGGCGUGGGUUCGAUGGCAGACAUGGUGUGGCUAGCCAUUGUUGUAGUAAGGAUCGGGAUGAGCCUGUACACAUAA